CUUUUUUUUUCGCUAGUCAUACACAGUGUAUCCACGGGUCUGAAAAAAUCUUAAAUCCAAUACUUAUCAUAAACUUCCAUAAAGUCUAGCUUUGAAAUGUCUGGAUUUAUUUAAGGACAAUUGAAUGCAACUACGAAGCGGAACUAAAUAAAGGCUACCUGUGCUACCCGGUCAAUAUUUAUCGAACACCAAUAGACGUCGUUUGUUUACGUUAAAUCUUAGCAUAGCAGCGCAGAGAAUUUAGAAUCAAAUCGAAUUAUAAUUUCUGCAUACAUGGUUAACUACAGGUUUAAAUAUUGGUGGUUGCAGGACGAACGGUUCAAAGCAUGGUUGAAGCCGGUGGAGGGAAAUGCAUAUCUAGCACACUGCGCUUUAUGCAAUCAAAUCCUGAGAGUUGGAUCAGCGGGAACCAAAGCAUUGGAAUGCCAUCGCAAAUCGGGAAAUCACAAGGCGAUUAUGGAACGCCGACAGAAAAGCCACUUUGGGGCCACAUCAAGAGCGGCAGCAUCGAGUUCCAGAGCGACUCAGUCUGCUGCAACUCCAGUAGCCUUCCCGCCAGGAUCUCCACCCACACCAAAAGCGGAGGUGCUACGACCUUUUUACAAGGUAGCUAAGCACAAAUUAUAUCUGAAAAAACGGCGAUGGAUGAUGAUGAUAAUGUGAGGUGGAUGUGUUCAGAACAUCAGAAGAUGUGGAUGAUGACGGAGCUGCAUGAUCUGGGGCUGUGGCCGGGAUGUCGCCCGGUGCACAGAGCGGGCAAUGCCAUCUCUCUGUGGCGUUUCCCCCCGCAGCCGGAGCUCGUCCACCCCGAGGCCGAGCUGCCGUCCCCAAAUAUCUUCCAGCUCCAUCCUUUCUUCAUUUGGAAACCCGAAGACGAGAUUAUGGUCAGGUUGAGGAGCACGUACCGGUUGCCUUGUCUGCACGGCUGUCCUCAGACACAGAUCAUGUCCGCUGGUGAGGGGCGACCCCGAGCAAUCGUCGGCACCGGAGGGCAGUAUUACAUCCUGUCUUCCCAACUCCGCUGCGAGAUCUGCCGCAAAUGCUGGUUCGCAGACAAUCCACGGUGGCUGGAGAAACUGCCCGAGCGUGUCACGAACAUCUUGCCGGCUUUGGUGACCUCCAAACAAGCUAUAUGCAAGACGGUCGUAGACGAGCUGCGUUGCACCAGCAAGUCGCCGUCAGACAUGGUGGGCCAACUGAACGAGAUACUGCACCUGAGGUACGAGCGUGCUCAUCUGGCUUAUCUCCACGCCGUGGAGAAUGCGCCGAGGGGGGACAACACUCUGCAGUCGUUUGGCUCAUACGAGGAGCCCGAAGGUUGGUGCGGCGUGUCUGUGACCGAUCGCUACCUGAAGGACUGCUUCAUCGAAGAGUACAUGCGACAGGAACAAGCCAUCAACAAACUGCUCCAGGGCACCUUCGGCCGAGUCUUCAGGUCGGACCAUACAAGGAAACCAGUGGAGACGGAGCCCGCAAGUGUUCAAGUGGUGAUGAAGCCGACCAACGUUCCACUGGUAGAUGUCAAGCCAGAGAACGUUCCACUGGUGAAGAUGGAGCCGGACAGCGUUCCAAUGAAGCCGCCGCUGUCCGUCACUCCACCGGCCCAGACGCAGCUGGAUGUCGCUAAUACGCCCGAGCAGUUCUUCGAACAAUUUUUGGAGUCCGAGUAUUUCCAGAAGGAGAUGGAGGAAGCCUGGUGUCAAGUGAAAAAGAAGGCUGGGAAGAAGAGGAAAAGAAAACAGACUUGGCUGAUGGGUCGUCUAUGUUGUUUCUGCCGUCACCCGCUGAAAGAAGGACCCAAAAGCCCUCACGUUCACACGACCUUCCCGGGUCAUGCGGGCAAAUAUAUUUACUGCCCGAGCAAAGUUUACAAUCUGUACAAGGACAAGGGCAUGGACAAGGAGAUGAACUGGGUGGAAUUUCAGGCAUCACCUUUCUACGACACAGAGUGGCAGCGAUGGAUUGACAGUCUGGACAGAACUGGGCAUUGUCCUUUGACCCCUAACGUCCACCCGCCCUCCCCUUUUUCAGCUUCCAGCAGUCCCAGAAAUUCAGGGAUGGAUGGAUGGACGGACGAUGCCCACUCUUGAGUCUUAAAUGACUGCCUGCUUGUUUGCAGUGUGUCCACUUUUUUGUUUUUCAUUUUACGUUCAGUUAAAUGUACAAAGGCCUGAAUGGUCACAUGAUAGAACUGGAGGAACUGAAUACACACACCGGGGUUGUGGUGUGUCCCACGAUUGAGGUUACUAGGGAAGGGUCAGCGGAAGUGUGAGAAUAAAAAAAAAAAAAACAUUGUU